AUGUCAGAUAAUCAUAAUGAGUUAUUUAUUAUUGAUUUAGGAUUAUGUAAACCUGUAAGUGAUUUACAAGAUUCUGAUAAUGGAGUCAAUGAAAUUUAUGGAGUUAUACCUUAUAUGGCACCUGAAAUAUUAAGAAAUAAACCCUAUACUCUAGCAAGUGACAUUUAUAGUCUUUCAAUGAUAAUGUGGGAAUUUACUUUA